AAUUAAAUGAGCACAAUUGUAGCAUUUAAAUGAGUGUAUAUGAAGCAUUUGAAGCAAAAAAAUACAGAGGCAUUAAUUUUAGUGCAAUUGUAAGAAACAAGGGCCAUAAAUUUAAAGUAUUUCCUCAAAGAACUCAUAAAAGAACACGGCUAAAAUGUUCUACAGGCCGAAGGAUUAUCAAUCAAGUAAAUUCGCCGUUUAAACACCGGGCAAUUACCGGAUCACCACCCGCUUUGCUGGGGAAAUACUGCUGGAUCAAUUCCCCACGAGCAUUUAGAUUUCUCCGGAAGCCCCAACGUCAAUGGUAAUCGAUCUUAUUCGUCAUUAUUCUUCUCGCUGACGUCAUCUCGGACGGCUUCGUUUGAGGGCUCGUCUUCAUCCGCAUCAUCGUCAUCGAGGGACGAUAUUUGGAGAGAUUCCAUCUUCACUCCGUUCGCAGCAAUGUCCAUUUCUCUCGAAUAUCCGAGCAUAUUUCAAUUCACGGCGACAAGAAUGAAAUGAGGUAGUAUUUAACGUGUCAGAUGAACGGUAGAGAUUUAACCCCUAAAUCCAACGGUCCAAAAGUGACCUUGCAAAGCGAUGCCGUCUUAACCAAACCCCAAACGGCGUCGUUUGAUUUAAGACAAUGGCGACUAUAUUCUCAUGAAGAAGGUGUUGCCACGCAACACAAAAACCGGUGUCCAAACAAACACAAAAGUUACCCCACAUAAAACAUCAUCCAACACAAAAAUGCAUUUCCAAAUCUCAAAUCACAAUUAUCAUACAAAGAGUUUGCUUAAUGGCUUUCAGAGGAGCAAUCGCUCUCGGAAAACAAGCAAACACCUCCAUUUUCUCGGUCACUCCUCGCCAUCUCCUAACAGCUUAUGAUGCCUCUGCUUCAAACCCUUUGUUCAGAUCAAAAGCCCAUUUUCCUAAUCGUCAAUCGGGAGUGAAAUUCUUGAUUCGGGCCAUAAAUGGAACGGUUGUCGAUCCUCGAGGGGCUCCCAAUAAAGAAAAUGUGGAAGACACGUCAGAGAAUUGGAAAAUUAAGAUGCUUUAUGACGGGGAUUGUCCACUCUGCAUGAAAGAAGUUAAUAUGUUGAGAGAGAGGAAUGAACGCUAUCGAGCCAUCAAAUUCGUGGACAUAAGUUCGGAUGAAUACAUCGCGGAGGACAAUCAAGGCCUUGAUUACAGAACUGUAAUGCGCCGAAUUCAUGCAAUUCUAUCGGAUGGAACUGUUGUGAGAGAUGUUGAGGUCGCAUUCAGAAGACUUUAUGAAGUGGUCGGUUUGGGAUGGGUCUACGCCAUUACAAAAUUCGAACCUAUUGCAAGCAUGGCCGAUGCUGUUUAUGGUGUUUGGGCUAAAUACCGUCUCCAAAUUACAGGUCGACCACCGCUAGAAGAAGUUUUGGAGGCAAGGAGGAAAAAGAAAGAAAUUUGUGAUGACAGCAAAGUUUGUAAAAUGUAGACAUGUUGAUGCACUAAAAAUGUAUAUCUACACAAAGAAUGAGCGAAUUGUUUAUGUGAGGUACAAUGAGAGACAGUGUUUGACCGACAGUUGACACCCUAUGUGUGUUGUAAUUUUUUAUAUUGCCACUGCUUAUGGAAUAUUUGAUGUGUCCAUGAAAAAAGACAGUAAUUGUAUGUAAAAAUUAGUGACAAAUUUGGUUGUAAACAAGUCGUUCAAACUUGAAUCUUUAUUAAAUUCGGUUUGUCAAGCUCAACUAGUUUCUCAAAAUUUACAAACCAAACUCGAAUCUUAUUGAGAAGAAUUAAAGUGUUUGACCAUGUUUGACCGAUAGUUGAUGCCCUAUUUUUGUUUUAUUUUUUAUGGUGCCACUAGUGGAAUAUUUGAU